GGGUUGAGGUCGAAGUGGGAGUUCUGUUUUCGUCAAUCAGUUCCUCGCUUGAAGAAGUUAGUAAGACGACCAGCAUCAACAACACCUCAAGAACCUCACCAUCACAACAACCACCAUCCAACAUUCUCAUAGGUGUAGACCACCACACCUCAUCAAAAUGCCCAACACCCUCUCCAAACCAAACGGCACCACCUCUUCCACCGCCUCUACCUCCAAAGCAGACGACGAUAAGAAGCCAGUCGAACUCGUCCCCUCCUUCACCCCCACCCUCCUCGAACGCCUCGGCAUCUCCUCCUUCCACCUCCUCAACAAGCUAAUCCCGUGGUACAAACUCCCCGGCUUCAUCGGUGCCUUUAACCUGGCCUUUCUCCGCAUCGAGCUACGACAAUACAACCUGCACGACGCCUACAGUACUCCCACCGCUCAGGGUAAUUCCGUCACCGAUCCUCUGCCGGACCAGCGCUACCUGGGCGCUAGACACUCCGAUGGCAAGUUCAAUGAUUUGAGCCAGCCCAGGAUGGGAUGUACGGGGAUGAAGUUCGGAAGGAAUUUCCCGAGGGAAGCUUGCGGCAAGCCGAGCGAGGAGGAGUUGUGGACGCCAAAUCCGAGGGAGAUCAGCAACAGGUUCAUGGCGAGGAAGGAGGGCAAGUUCAUCCCGGCGACGACACUGAAUUUGUUGGCGGCGGCGUGGAUCCAGUUUCAGACGCAUGAUUGGUUUUUUCAUGAGCAGGACCCCCACGAGAAGCUCGACGUCCCGCUCUCCAAGGACGACAAGUGGCUCGAUGAACACAUGCAGUUAUACGCCACCAAGCCAGAUGAGACUCUCGACCCAUCCGACAUCAAGUGUCCCGGGUACAAGAACCUCAACACCCACUGGUGGGACGGAUCACAGAUCUACGGCUCCUCCGAGUCCGUAACACAGAAGCUCCGCAACCGCGAUCCAGAUGGCAAGUUACCCCUCGACAGUCGCGGGCGUGAGCAAUUCCUCCCUCGGGACCAAGAUGGAAACGUCUUGACGGGCUUCAGCGACAACUGGUGGGUGGGAAUGGAGAUCCUGCACACGCUGUUUGCGCUGGAGCACAAUGCCGUUUGCGAUGCGUUGCGCAAGGAGUAUCCGGAUUGGAGCGGGGACCAGAUCUUUGAUAAGGCGAGGCUGGUGAAUUGUGCAUUGAUGGCCAAGAUCCAUACGGUGGAGUGGACGCCGGCGAUUCUGGCGCAUCCGGCGCUGCAGAUUGGAAUGGCUGCCAACUGGUGGGGGAUUGUCGGAGAGAAGUUGACCAAGAUCGCGGGAAGACUGUCGAAGACGAGCGAGAUUAUCAGUGGAAUUCCCGGCAGCGGAGCGGAGCAGGAUGGGGCGCCGUACUCACUGACGGAGGAGUUCGUGUCGGUUUAUCGGAUGCAUUCGUUGAUGCCUGAAACAAUCGCCUUCUUCUCCGCCAACGACGGCCACCACGCCACCACCAUCCCCGUCGUCGACACCACCUUCACCAAAUCCCAAACCCCCUUCGACGACGGCCUCUCCUUCGCCGACGUCUUCUACUCCUUCGGCAUCAACUACCCCGGCGCCAUCACCAACAACAACUACCCCGAUUUCUUACGCAACCUGCGCACCCCCGACGGCCAAGUCCGCGACCUUGGAACAGUUGACAUCCUCCGCGACCGCGAGCGUGGCGUCCCCCGCUACUGCGAGUUCCGUAGGAUGCUCCGCCUAUCAGUGCCCAAGACCUUCGAAGAACUUACCGGCGGCAACAAAGUCCUAGCAGCAGAACUGGCGGAAGCCUACAACGACAUCUCCCUCGUCGACGCUUUGGUCGGGUCUCAUUCGGAGCCUGUGAUCCCAGGGUUUGGAUUCAGCGAGACGGCAUUUAGGAUCUUCAUUCUGAUGGCGUCAAGGAGGCUGAAGAGCGAUCGGUUCAUUGCCGGCGAAUGGAAUGAGAAGAUGUAUACCAAGGUUGGGUUCAAGUGGGUGCAGGAUAGCGGGAUGAAGGAUGUGUUGGGGAGACAUUUCCCGGAGUUGAGGGACACGUUGAAGGGGAGCAAGAAUGUGUUUGCGCCGUGGGAGUUGAAGGCGGGGAGUAAGGAGUAUAAGGGGGUGGAGAUUAAUGCGUAGGUGGGAGAGGAAGGGGAAGUGGUGAUGGAGAGAGAGGGUUCAGGAACAUGGGCCGCUGCUAGCCGGCUGGCAGUGAGAUGCACGGUAAAUGAGAAGGAGGCGAGGGUUUAUGAAAAAUAAUGGAAGGUGCAAUGAGUUCAUGUUCUUUGUGGGGCGAAUGGUGGGAAGGGAAAGAGCGUAUGGCGGCGACAAACUGUCGAAACUAGAAGCCGCUCGUGCGAGGAGAAUCUUUUCCCAUCAACUUUCUUCUGUCUCGUUCCAUGUUAACCUUGGCACGUGUUCACCAUUUGCAUCAUUUCCUUGGAACAUCACUGUAUCUACUUGUAUCAAUUAUCUCUCUCUUGAUUUCCUCCAAGUUCCCUGAACCGACUUUCUCCCUUCGCCAACUGCCAUCAAUCCAUC